GGGUACUGCCCCGGACCGGGGAGCAUGUCGGCGCUGCUGCCCUCAGCGGGGCUCCCCGGCACUGAGCGUGGAGCAGAGAAUGGAGAGAACUCGCGGUACAAGUCAUCUGGCUCCAGUGGCGAAGAGGAGCUGAACCCGGGCAAGAAGAAGCUGAGGAGGCAAAGGACUCACUUCACCAGCCAGCAGCUGCAGGAGCUGGAGGCCACCUUCCAGCGCAACCGCUACCCAGACAUGAGCACCAGAGAGAAGAUCGCAGGCUGGACCAACCUGGCGGAACCCAGGAUCAGGGUCUGGUUUAAGAACCGCAGAGCCAAGUGGCGGAAGAAGGAGCGGCACCUGCAGACCGAGCUGUGCAAGGGGGGCUUUGGCCCCCAGCUGAAUGCUCUGCCCAGGGGCCCGUAUGAAGACCUCUACCCCAGCUACUCCUACAACAGCUGGGCCCCCAAGGACUUCCAGGCCAGCCCCCUCCCCGGCAAAGGCUUCCAGCUCUUCAGUGCAGUGGAUUUCAAUUCCUUCUCCCCACAAGCCAUGUUCCCGGGGGUGUCAACAGCCUCCAUGCCCAGGAUCCCGGCCCUGGAGAACUUCAACAGCCUGGCCGGCCCUGCCAGGUCUCCCACCCCCACUUGUGGACCUGAAGCUUUGCCUGACAUGUACAGGGACCCCUGCAAUGCAAGACUGGCAGGGGUGAGACUCCAGGCAAAGCAGCCCCAGCCCCUUGGCCUCGAGGUCCUGCCACGCCCAGCCACAAGCCCCAGCUCCUGCCAGUACACACUGGACAGGCCCAUAUAAAGGGGACCCCAGAGCACCGGUACCAGCCUCCUCUCCAGACCAUACAGAGGGGUGGAGGGUUCUCUCACCAAGGACGGUGUGGAGGGAGGGGGGUUCCCCAGUUCUGGGACAGUGCCCUCCACUGCGCCAGAGCUGCCCUCAAAGCCCAUGCACCCCAUCUCCCUCUACCAGUGCCUAGCUCAGGGAGCCCAGGGAGUGCCAAAGGCUAUGAGCAGCCCCAAAGAUUGUGGCUUAGCUCAAGACCUGUAGAUCUGGCCCCAGACAAAGCUCACUGCAGGCAAAGUGUAGCAGUUUGGGUUAAAGUACUGCGGAAAGCGCCAUCUCAGAUCCCAAACAAGUAACAGACUCUUGGGAGGAGACAAAGCCCCCUGUGAGAGGAGUGGAGGAGACCUGGAGAGGCCUGGACACAGGGCUAUGGGACUAGUCUGCUCAGCAGGCACAGGGUAGGGCAUGAAGCUGUUCUGACUGAGUUCUGCACUUGGUGGCAUUAUGAUCUCCAGCUCUUGCCAAUGAAACAGAGACUCUGGACUCAGGCUGUGGCUAGAGCAGGGAGCUUGGCGAAUUCUGUUCCCCGCGCUGGAAGGGAGUGCCAGAGGGUGAGCUGAGGAGCAGGGAUGGUGUGUCUGGACUCUAGCAGAUAGACCAGGAGCCCUGGAUUCUAUUUCCAACACUAGCAUUUCCUUACCAUGUGACGAUGGGCAAAUCCUGUCCCCGCCCUGCACCUCAGUUUCCUUGCCUGUAAAAUGUUGGUAAUGGUGCUGACCAGCCUCACCAGAGGACUAAUUCAUGCUUGUAACAUGCUUUGGGAUCCUUGGGAGGAAGGUGUAAUAUUGUCGGUGCAGAUGACAUCAGAAUUGGGGGAGGGGUAAAUCUCGCUGUGGACAGUCAUUGAUACAGAGUGAUCUGGAUAGCUUGGCAAGCUGGGUGCGAGCAAACCAGGUGCAGGGAAGUUCUCUGGCCUGUGUUAUGCAGGAGGACAAGCAGACUCACUAGAUACUCACAGCAGUUCCUUCUCCUCUUAAAAUCUUAGAAUUUAGGUGCAAACUAUUCUUUGGCCUUGUAAAGUUGGUGCAAGCCUGCUUUCAGAUCUGAGCCAGAGUUUGUAUAGGAUCUGGCCACAUCACCAUUAUGAUAUCAAUUCAUGUCCCAUCCUCCUGAGGGUGGAACAGACUGGUCUGUCUUUUCCAAUUCCAACUCCCAGGAGACCCCCCAGGACUCCUUGGUGCAUGGCUCACCAUAGCUGAAUUCCUCUCAUUUCAGGGCUUACUGCCAUGGGAUUUUGGGGCAUGCUCAAAUAGUUCCCCUGUAUCUCCCCCUCUCUCAAAAGCCCACAUACGCAUCAGUGCCCCCUCCAGAGCCCACGAGCUCUGCCUUGUGAGCAGCCAAGUGACAGGGUGCUCUCCAGCAAUGGCUGUAGGAAACAGGGAUGGAACUUUGAACACACCCCACUCACCCUGCCUGGGGCCCUGACUAGCCAGCUUUCACCUCAUUUCUCUGGAAAGCGGUAGGGAAUAGUGUUUAAGACCCAGGGCUGGGAAUUGAGGGUACAGCUACACUGCAAAAACCCAGCGGCAACAAGUCUCAGAGCCUGGGCCUACAGACUGGGACUCACACUUGGGGCUGAAAAUAGCGGGUAGAGGUUACUGUUUGUGCUCUGAAACCUAGCUGGAUGAGGUGUCAGACCCCAAGCACCAGCCUAAGUGGGAACGUUUACACAGCUUGUGUUAAAAAAGGCUCCAGAGGCAAUCCUGGCAAUUACAGGCUGGUAAGCUUAAUUUCACUACUGGGCAAACUGGUUGAAACUAUAGUAAAGAACAGAAUUAUCAGACACAUAACUGAACAUGAUUUGAAGAGGAAGCACCAAAAUGUUUUUUGUAAAGGGAAAUCAUGCCUCACCAAUCUACUAGAAUGUUUUGAGGGCGUCAACAAGCAUGUGGACAAGGGGGAUCCAGUGGAUAUAGUGUGGUUAGAUUUUCAGAAAGCCUUUGACAAGGUCCCUCACCCAAGACUCUUAAGCAAAGUAAGCUGUAAUGGGAUAAGAGGGAAAGUCCUCUCAUGGAUCAGUAACUGGUUAAAAGACAGGAAACAAAGGGUAGGAAUAAAUGGUCAGUUUUCAGAAUGGAGAGAGGUAAAUAGUGGUGUCCUCCAUGGGGCUGUACAGGGACCAGUGUUAUUCAACAUAUUCAUAAAUGAUCUGGAAAAAGGGGUAAACAAGUGAGGUGUCUUUUAACCCUGUUAUAGUCUUGGCCUUCACAACAUCCUCUGGCAGCGAGUUCCACAGGUUGACUGUGCAUUGAGUGAAGAAGACUUUCUUAUGUUCGUUUUAAAGGUUUUCAACUGCUCCCUCUUAAUUUCAUUUGGUGUCCCCUAGUUCUUGUGUUAUGAGAAGGAGUAAAUAACACUUCCUUAUUUACUAUCUCCACACCAGUUAUGAUUUUACAGACCUCUGUCAUAUUCCCCCUUAGUCGUCUCUUUUCCAAGCUGAAAAGUCCCAGUCUUAUUAAUCUCUCCUCAUAUGGAAACU